AAAAAAAAAAACAGUAAAUGAAUUCCAAGGUCUUCUCCUUUUGCUUGAUCGUCUUCCUCCUCUUCUUCACCUUAUCUCCCGCCGCAGUGGCUCGGCCGGAGCCCACUGCAUCUCAAGUUCAGCAUCCGAAUGCCCCAAUCAAAAGUCUAAAUCCGGUUACUGAAACAGAGAGGGUUGAAGUGGAUGAUAUUUGUCGAGGAAUUAAAGAAGAAGAAGAGUGCUUGAUGAGAAGAACACUUGCAGCUCACGUGGAUUACAUCUACACCCAGAAGACGAAUCCUUGACUCAUAGGCAUAGCCUCUCUUCUUCAUAGAUUUUGGGCUUCUUUUGUAUCAGGUUGUUUCAAGACAGAUUUUUGUUUUCAUCUUCAGGCGAGGGUUUUUAGUUGAUAAAGAAAUAUAGGGUUUGAUUCUUCCUUCUCAUGUUGGAGAAAAUUUUGUGGUUGUUUUAACUUAAACCAGUACGGUAAUAUGUGCUAUAGAA